CCUUUGUCUUCCCGCUGAAUUUCCUUAUCCAUCUACUUCUCAAAGAACAGAGAGAGAAGAAGAGGACGCACACACUUCACAUGAAAUCUUGAGAUUGAAGAUGAAGGUCGAUCUGGGGAGUCAAGGAGGACCAUGGAUUUCCUUCUCACCAUUGCUGUAGGCGGUGGCGAGCAAGAAAAGGGAGAUCCCGGGAAGCCAUUGCUGCUCCCAUGGCUGUUUCUUCAAGACCGUGGAGCGCUAUAACAGUGAAGCCUUCUUGCCUCCUCCUCCCCUCUGAAAGGAAGCCCUCAGAUGGGUCCUUAUUUCUCAAGGCUGCAAGGCUGUUGGGAGCAAACACGGGGUUCGAAGCAUCAAAAUUGAAGGUGUUCUUCUUGGGAGGUCUGGGAAAGGAGAAGGCCGUGCACCCAGAGUUCGCCCCUCGAACCUACACCCUCACCCACUGCGACUUGACCGCCAACCUCACCCUCUCCGUCUCGCGCACAGUCAACAGAAAGCAGCUGAGGGGAUGGUACAAGAAAUUGCAGAGGGACGACGUGGUGGCGGAGUGGAAGAAGUUUAGGGAUGAGAUGAGCCUGCACGUCCACUGCCAUGUUAGCGGCGGCCACCUUCUCCUUGACUUGGCCGCCGAGCUCAGAUACCACAUCUUCAGGAAAGAGCUUCCCCUGGUUCUGCAAGCAGUGAUCCAUGGAGAUUCAACCCUCUUUUCUAAGCACCCAGAGUUGGUGGAUUCCUUGGUGUGGGUCUAUUUCCACUCCAACUCCAAAGAGUUCAACAGAAUAGAGUGCUGGGGUCCUCUCAAAGAUGCUGCCAUGGCCCAACCCACUUGAGGGAACUGUAUCAUUAAUUAUGUGAUCAAUUCUUUUUUUUUUUCUUUUUUUCUAAAAUCUCCAUUAGAUUUGUGAGGUGGUGGUACCUGCAAAUCUGAUUGCCAUUGAUCUCAACAUGCUCAGAAAUCUUGAGUAAAAGAAACUUUGGUUCUUGAGUGUUGGUCCUACUUUGUAAUUUGGAAAAAAAAGGAUGCUGCAAAAAGAACUGUCUUCCUGCAAAUUCAUUGUUACCAUUCUUGUC